AUGCACAUUCCCAGGGCGAGCUGGUUGCUCGCUGCCUGCAUGGGGACCAUAAUCAACGCUUCUGACCUACUAGAAGUGGACCUAGUAUUCCCGCGCAACGAAACAUAUGCGCCCACCGACAGGUUCCCUGUCGUCUUUGCUUUCCAGAAUUCCGAGCGCGCGAGAUACCUGAACCCCGCAAUUGAGUACACUCUAUGGGAUUUGCAGGACCUGGACGCCUCCGUGACCAGCUCCCAUGAUCUCAGGGGGACCAACUGGACCAACCAGGACACCUACCUUGCACAUUCUUACUCCACCCUUUUCAAAAAUGAGGGUCGGUACAAAGUGAGCUGGACCGUAAGCUGGCAGAGUUGCGACGAGGACGCCUUUGAAAAUAGGCUCAGUACCGCCAAUAUGAUCGACAACAUGACCACUUGGGCAACCUAUUUCACCACUCAGAGUUCCGCCCCCAAGGUGGAUCUCGUUGCUGCUACAGCCAAAAAGACAUGUCCCGAGGAAUAUGGCGUGUUAAUCAAUGUGACCGACAAAACAAUGAAGGUCCCAUGGAAUGUGAGGUGGUCUGACCGUGACUACACCAAUGACACAUGCGCGGUGGUGGCGAAGUCCACCCCGACUGCCACGCCGGAUCCUUGUCGGGUCCACAUUGACAAGACCACUGUCGAAAGCAUGGAGGCCUCUCUGUUAGCCCGCUUAUGCAGUGGUUUAUACCCGCCAUCCAAUUGCCCGGAGGAUAAGAAAAAUGCCGCGCAACAACUGGCUGUGGUUGGCAUAUCAUGCUUGCUAGCUACAUUUGGGGCGUUGGGGUUCUUUCUUGUGUGA